CACUUGUUGAUGUCCUUUGUGCAUAUUCUGCGCAGGCAAUAUAAUAAGCGUACUAAUGGUCCUCAUUCUUUUCCAGACUGCCCUGUUGGCCUGGCUAACGCAAAACAGGCUAUCUGUUUCUUCACUUUCCUUACCUAAACCGUAAUCUUAGCUAGCCUGUUUUAAAGGGAUUAUGAAGAGCAACUCUGAGACAAGAAAAUGAAUCGCGACUCUGAGAGGGUAUUCUGAAUUCAAUCAAUAUGAGCUGCUCGACGGCACGCUUUGCACUCACAGUGAGUUUAAAGUCCAGAUUUGCGUUGUGUCUGUGAGAUGCCCUAACCAUGCCGCAGAAGCUGCUCAAGAGUGCGCAGUACAUCGAGCUUGGUAGCUACCAGUACUGGCCGGUCAUUGUACCCAGAGGCAUUCGGCUUUACACCUACGAGCAGAUACCCGGCUUCCUUAGGGAGAACCCGUAUAUCACGGAUGGCUACCGAGCCUACCUGACCUCCAGGCUUUGCAUCAAAAGCCUCCUCAUCCUGUCCAAUGAGACGGUGAACAUCUGGAGUCACCUGCUGGGCUUCCUGAUGUUCCUGACACUGGCCCUGCACGACAUGACCACUAUACUGCCCGCCACUGGCGCCUCCAGGGAAGACUACGUCAUCCACGCCAUCGGACUAUUCUGCUUCCAGGUGUGUGUGUGUGUGCAUGUUGUGCUCGGUGGGAUACCAUCUCUUCUGCUGCCAUCGCUCAGAGAAGACCAGUCGCCGCUGGAUGGCGCUGGACUAUGCUGGAAUCUCCAUCGGCAUCUUGGGAUGCUAUGUGCCUGGGGUCUUCUACGCCUUCUACUGCAACAAUUACUGGCGGCAGGUGUACCUGGUAGCGGUGUUGGCCAUGACGCUAGCCGUGUUCCUGGCCCAGAUCCACCCGCUGUACCUGAGCAAGCAGUGGCAAAGGAUCCGCUCCGUCAUCUUCUGCUCUGUCGCUGGCUACGGCCUCAUUCCUACAAUGCACUGGGUAUGGCUAAGCGGGGGCAUCCACUCAGAAGUUGUCCAGGCAUUUGUUCCACGUGUUCUGGUCAUGUACGUGAUCGCAGCGGCUGCCUUCCUCUUCUACGUCUCCAAAGUUCCGGAACGUUACUUCCCAGGCCAGCUGAACUACCUGGGUGCCAGUCACCAGCUGUGGCACAUGCUGGUGGUUCUGAUGUUCUACUGGUGGCACCAGUCCGUGCUCUUUAUCACUGACUACAGGCACAGCCACCCCUGCGCCAAUCACCCGCUGCACGCUUAGGCCAGCCACACCCUGUCGGUCCGUCUGUCUUCUACUGACGAGGUCAUCAACAUGAGCCUCACCUCUGCUGACCGUAGGGAUGAUGGAACUUUGAAAGGCCCUAAUUUGAAAUGAACUAGCCCUCACUUUGUGUCAGACUCUCUUGGGCCAGAAUGUUAAUAAUUGUUAGAACUUGCUUCAUACAAUCACGCAACACUAAAUAGAAGUGCCUACCAUGCCCAUCCCUACCGAUUUGCUGAGCUUCAAAGACCUGUGUGAGGGAAAGUAUUAAUAUUUAAAGGCAUAUCGAAGAUUUGUAGCUUCUACUUAAGGAAAUUAUUCAUUUUUGUAGCAAUUGGACUGUUUAAGCUAUUGUUGUCUUGUGCUUACCACUUCCUUCAGAUUGUUGAUGACGAAUUGAGAGAUUUUGUUUUUGUUUUUCAGAAGACCAUGUCGUGCUGGGCACAGUGAAACAAAUAUUAUACAUAUCAGUCUUACCUGUAAUGUACAUGUUGCCACAGGUCCACUCGUGUCUUCACAGUAGUCAGAACAAGGGCCACAAACAGCUCCCUAUUCCUCAAUGUACUUUCUCUGAAUGUCUGUCUUUGUAUUUCUGUGUUGUGAAACUGACAUUACUCAGUAGUGCAGGCCAUACAUUCAAUGUUGUGAUGCAGACCACGCCUGCCCCGUAAAGUAGUGCAGGCUACACCUGCGCUGUUCCUUCACUUUUGGGAAUGUCUGCAGUAAUAUCAAAUGCUGGAUGUUGUUAGAUACUGUGCCUGGAGCAAUAAUCAGUAUAGAGGGAGAAAUGCAUGGCAAUCACGAUGGUUUAACCAAAGACUGAAGGUGAAGGUUGAGCACAACCGGUCACAUUGGCAUGUCCAUGAAUGAUUCGAGCAACUAAAUGUGUAUUAACUGUAACACUGCUAAAAAUAUUUUUUGUUAUGUGAUCAAGUUUGGCAUUCUGCAUUUCAGUGUAUGAAUCAUACGUGUAAUGGUUUGUUUUCAUCUAGUUUUCGCAAUUUUUAUUAUUUUUUCUGACAGAGAUUGUCAGUCGAUCACAACUGCGAUUGAUGUCCUUGUUGAUUUAUCUGUUGUCCUUAGCGUACAUAAGCAUAGGCAUUUAAUGUAUACUACUGUCACUAACACGUUUAGGGUCUUGUAAGGCAGAAUUCAUAUGAUACUUUUUGGCUGCCUAGUUGCAAACGUAAUGGUGGAAAUGUAUUCUGUAACACUUAACUGUAUCUGAAUUUAUGUCCGCUAUUUAUUUAAUCUAUUUCAGUAUUUAGUUAUAAGACUUUAAAAGGAUUAUUUUGUAUUUAAAGUGUGCGUAUGUGUGUGUGAGUGGAGCAUAGCUCUGUCCAUCUACAAUUGUGGUGUUAAAAUUUAACCUUAGAACAAACAGUCACCUGAGAGCGAGAUUCUCUCUUCACAACUAGAACUAGGCCUACCAGAUGUUCUGUGUGGUACAAUGCUAAAAAUAUAUACUUCAGUAUUAUUUUAUUAGGAUGUGUUUUGGUUUUAAUUUUGUGUGAGUAUGAACUCAAGUCAUACUAUUCUGCUAAUGAACGUUUGUUUGGUUCAACCCCAUGUCUGGUGAUGUUCUGUACAUGGAAGCGUUGGGAGGAUGGGGAGGGUUUCUAAACUCCCCUUGGGCUGGCCCCUCUGCAUUACUGAACCCGGAAGCAAUCCUUCAGUAUCACUUUGAGAAUGUGCAUCACUGACACCUUCCUGUCCACACGGACAUGAGUGGACCAGAGCAGAGAUGCAUCCAAAGGCCUUUCACAACCCUCAAUCAAGAACCCUUCUAAUUAAGAACUCUUUAAUAGAACUCAAUUAAUAACCACAUGAUCCCCAGCCUGGCUUGUGAUUGGACUAUCCUUCUUCCUGUGUCUACUCUGGAGAGAAAGCCUUAAGUGUCUCACCGCUUGUGGUGUUUACAUUGGAAAGUGAAAGGAGGAAAUGGUUGGAUUGUGGAGUAAUUUAUCUUGCUGUAUGAUCCGUGUCCUGAUUGUUUAUACAGCCCAGUCUGUGUGGGACAUGUGACACACUAGACGCGGAUCUUUACCCCUAUACUGAGCUCAUCUGAUGUUUCUGUGGAUAGUCUUUUGUUUUUUUUUAUACUCAGACCUGUACCACUAUGCCACUGACUAACUUGAAUGAUUUGAAAUAAAUGGGAAACCCUUAGAAGCCA